AACCCAGAUGGACACUUGCUCCCUGAGGAGGAGAAGUUAUUCCAGUGGGUGAUGGUGCUGAACAAGGGCGCGUUAGCCUUCGAGGAGUCGCAGCGGGGAACGUUGAAGGACUCGUAUUUCUCGCCUUAUAUUAUCCCGACCGUUCCACACGUUCCAUGGGUAUACAAGAACAUACCUAUUCCACCGGGCCUUCGCGACCAGGUCAUAAAACUUUUGAAGGAGAAAAUCGAUGCAGGUGUCUACGAG